AUGGUGGUCUCGGCCCUGGUGGUCUCAGCCAUGGUGGUCUUGGUGGUCUUGACCCCGGUGGUCUCGGCCAUGGUGGUCUCAACGCUGGUGGUCUCGGCCAUGGUGGUCUUGGCCCCAGUGGUCUCUGCCCUGGGCGUCUCAACACUGGUGGUCUCGGCCAUGGUGGUCUUGGUGGUCUCAACGCCGGUGGUCUCGGCCCCGGUGGUCUCGGCCUCGGUGGUCUCGGCCCUGGUGGUCUUGGCCCCGGUGGUCUCAGCCAUGGUGGUCUUGGUGGUCUUGACCCCGGUGGUCUCAACGCUGGUUGUCUCGGCCAUGGUGGUCUUGGCCCCAGUGGUCUUGGCCCCAGUGGUUGGUGGUCUUGGUGGUCUCAACGCCGGUGGUCUCGGCCACGGUGGUCUCGGUGUUCUCGGCCCUGGUGGUCUCGGCCUCGGUGUUCUCGGCCCUGGUGGUCUCGGCCCCAGUGGUCUCGGCCCUGAGGCCGGCGGGGACCCCAUAAUGCUGCAGCCCUCAGCGACAGAAACUACGCAGCUCACAUCGGACGGCCACUACUCUUACCACACCGACACCGGCUUCAACUAA